GAAAAACAUGACACACAUCUCCCUGAUUCCAUGUCGUUGGUUACUGACCUUGUCUCUGUGAGUGACACUUCUCUGCUAACUGCUUAGCCAUCUUGGCACAGACCUCACCAAUGUGCCAGCCAGGAGCAGAGAUUUCGCUUGGCCUGCUCAACCAUCUCAGCAUGGAUCGUGGGUACUCUGGGACCCUACAGAUCACAGUGAGAACCUGCCCACCAUCAAUGUCACUACUGUGUUUCAUUCUGUCCUCUCUGGAAGAACCUAAAGAUCUUAAAAGUUCUCACAUCACAGACUUUUCUAGGCCACGUGGCAGAUGUCCAUCAACUUCUUGUCAUGAUCACAUAAGGUCUAAAACACCAUGUGAUAGUAUCCUGUCCUGUUAAUGUAUUUUUGUACCUGACAGGGAGGACAGAAUGGAAAAACUGGUUCCUUUAGUAAAAAGAAAAGGAGUACUUGUGGCACCUUAGAGACUAACAAAUUUAUUUGAGCAUAAGCUUUCGUGAGCUACAGCUCACUUCAUCGGAUGCUCCACCGCCAUAUGGGAAACCCAACUAUUUAAAUUCAUCAGUGAUUUCAGGAAUAUUGGCCACCUUGAUCACUAAUCCCUGCAAAAGAUCAGGCAGCUCCCACACCACCCGUUUUGAUGGAUUUCCCAUCAUCAAUCUGGUUCCCAACUGAGCAGCAGAAAUCUGCGGUGCCAGCUUCCAUAGGCUUUUCCCUGUUGAGGGGUAUUGUCUGGACCUCAGCUUGGUGACUGUUGUCAAUUACUAUUCAUUUUCUUAUGCUGUCCUGUUGUGUGUGAGAGAAAGGGCAAGGGAGAAGGCACAGUAUGGCAUUACUCUCUACUUCUUGCAUUUUGAGAUGGGUAUUAUUUGCCCUUAGCAACCUUAACUGUCUGCUCUUAAGUUUUGUGUAUGUUUGAUAUAGCAGUUGUGAUGAGCUACAGUGAACUUCAGAAGGGAUCGGGUAUUUUUGCCCAGGAGAAUAGCUGUGGUUCAACAUGUCUUCAUUUUGAUUACAAAUCUGCCAGUUCACACAAUUCCUAAUAUAACAGGGUGCACAACGGAAUACAACUGUGCAAAUGUUUAAUAUGACCGUCCUAUGCAGCAACUGAUGAAACCCACCAUAACAGCCAUUAUUCAUUGUUCACAAACAGAUUGAACAGCAUGUGUUUUCAAGAAGACUGCAGAAUCCGCCUCACUAAAACCAACUUGUGCAGUAUGGGCUUAAUUCCAAUCCAGUGACUAACACAUGGAAUUCAAACAGACCAUUCAUCGCUGUGUUGGAAUGAGAGGUUAAAUCUGAGAGGGAGUAUCAGUUUGGGUAUAAUGAGAUGAUCCUUGUAAGUGUAGAUGAAAAGUGCCUUUCUAUCAGUGUUACACUGAGAAAGAGCUAUCAUGCACUGAGCAGAGACACAACAUACUGGAGAGAUGGUCUUGUGGUUAAGGCACUGACCUGGAAUUCAGGAGAUUAGGGCUUAAUUCCUUGCUCUGCUGCCAUCUUCCUGUAUGAUCUUGGGCAAACCACUUCAUCUCUCUGUGUCUCCAUUCUCCAUCUGUGAAAGAAGAAUGCUUUCCUGUCUCACAGGUGUGUUCUGAGGAUACUAUCGUUAAUGACGACGAGAUGCUCUCACACAACAGUGAUGCAAGCAUUAUAAGUCAGAUUUUUCAGUUUGAAUCACUUCAAGAAAGCACUUGGUUUGACACACACGUGUGUGUGUAUGCCUUUCUAUGUUUCAAGAGCCCUGUUUGCACUUAGCUGCACUGGGAAACAUAUCUGCAUUUUACCAAUGAGAAUUUAGUGCAAAGUAUCCAGUGAACUUGGAGAUGGGCUUUGGUUUGUUCUCCCUGCCCUGGAACAUUCUGCUGGUCUUUGACCUAAAGAAAGUCUUUGAUAUAUAAUGAAAAAAUCCCUGGGGUAAAAUGGGAAGAAACAGAGCCCUAGAGUCUGUAAUAGUGAAUUAAUUCUUCCAUUGCUAGAUGCUGCUAAGAAUGUUUAACUUGAGUUAAUCAAGAACACAGUAGGCCGGACAGCAACAAUUGCAGUGUGAUCACUCAGCACCUCACACCAAUGCCCCAGCUCCUCCAGUGUCUAGAAGGCUCUCACUGAUGCUGAUCACUUGUAGCACCCGUGAUGAAUUAAGUCCUUCAUCCUGUUACCCUCUCCCUAGGCCCUUCUUGCCCCUCCAUGGGAUGCUCUGUCAACUACACCAGCUGCACUCUCAUCACCCCGCUGUGCUCUUGGUCCUUAAUAAAAAGGCUCACAGUCGACACGCAAUGAAAGCACAAACUCCAGCAAACAACCCACUGGGAAAUAUUUCUGGUGCCUUAAAAGCCUUUGUGAAAGUAUCUCGGCCUACAGGCUCCUCCCUACUGCAAAGCACCGAAAUUUUACCUGAGCUGACUUCACUGGAGUGAGCUCUCAAUCAGGAGCCUUGUCUUUUCCCAUUCAGGGACUGUCUAGACUAGGAUAAAAGAAAAGGAGUACUUGUGGCACCUUAGACACUAACCAAUUUAUUUGACCAUCAGCUUUCGUGAGCUACAGCUCACUUCAUCGGAUGCAUGAAGCUGUAGCUCACGAAUGCUGAUGCUCAAAUAAAUUGGUUAGUCUCUAAGGUGCCACAAGUACUCCUUUUCUUUUUGCGAAUGCAGACUAACACGGCUGCUACUCUGAAACCUGUCAUUAGACUAGGAUAAACUGUGUUUUUAAAAAAAUCCAUGUUAACCACCCUGCUUUAAAAUCCUAAUCUGGACAGAGCAAGUUGUGUUUUCACACAGGUUAAAACCCCAAACCGGGUAAGUGGUGUUCAAACACAGCCUGCCCCCUCCACAUUUUAAAGCCCGUUAGGUAACAUGGAUUUUCAGUUCCCCUACCUCAGUGGUAGUCAACCCUUUUUCCUCUGCAGACCCCCGAAGACAUUUCAAAUGGCGGUGCGGGCCCCUUUGGAAACCUGAGGCAUAGUCUGUGGGCCCCCGGGGACCACAGGUUGACAACCACUGCCCGAGGUUAGCCAGCCCCUCCAACCACACAGCAGAUGUCAGGGGAGCCCAGGCAGAGCACGCGUGACGGGGCCCACAGCCCAGCCGUGCGAAGAGGAGCGGAGCAGCGCCCACGGCGUUCCCCAGCCCGGCCGGUCUCCAGCGGCGGCCGCAGCCGAGCCGAGCCGGGCCGGGCCGCGCCGGGGGAGCCGCGGCCGCUCCCUGCAGCCCGGCUAGACCCCCGGCAGCACUAGAUGGGGCUGGCGCGCCCGCAGGGCAGAGCCUGCCCGUGACGGCGGCAGCCGGGCGGCACGGCCCCAGUCUCCGCCCGACUCUAUGGUGGCCGCCGCCGCUGAGCGCGCCCCCGGCCCGGAGCUGCCAAGCCCCACGUGCGGCGCUAGGUCCCCCGGGGCAGCCCGGCUCGCUUCCCCGCCGCCCGGGCCGGGCCGCUCCGCGAGCCAUGGGCGCGGCGCAGGAGGCCCAGGCCUGCCUCGCCUUCUACCGGGGGCUCGGGCGGAGCGAGCCGCUGCAGGACCUGUGCCGGGCCGUGCUCGCCUUCCUGGAGAAGCUGGAGCAGUUCGCAGGAUUGUUACGAAGUUGUCAGAAAGUAAAGAAUCCCUGGUUGCUGAGGAAGUGAAUAAGUUAAUGAGCAGCCUGACCGAGUACAAACAGGUGCUGUCUCCGGGAGACCUCCAGACAGUUUGCAUGUUCAUAGAGGACAGCAGCCUAGGCCGACACCACUGGAGACUCAGCCUCGCCCCACUGCUGCUGCGUGUAGCUGCCACAUUGAAUUUGGUGCUGCAAGACCCAACGGCACAGAGCGAGGAGUGGAGCUACAUCACAGUCAAGACCUGCCUGCAGCUUUUCCAGGCGAUGCCCAAGGAAGUGUCGCCUCUGGUGUGGAGCGAAGCCGAGAACAGUGGAACCCUGCAGAGCAUUUUGGGAUCUCUGCUGCAAGUCGUCAUGGGGCAGACAGCUAACAAGGACGCCCGCCUGCUGGCCGGCACUGCCGUGAGCAUGCUGGUGAACACUGCUGCUGAGCCAGAGAGAGGGGCCAGAGCCGUGCUGACCCUUUUCCAGCUAGUCGACCAAGGGCCAGGAGAUCUGAAAUUUGGGGAACUGAAGGUGGAGACGUCUGUCCUGAGUUCAGACGGCUUAGAGAGACUGGUGCUUACGAGGGGUUUAUUAACUUGCUGCAAGAAGGAGAUCCUGAGCUGUCGGCUGGACAGCUUCCCACCUCAGGCUUGUCUCUUGCUGGACGUGCUGUUUCCAGCUGUCUGGGCUGUGAGCGAAGAGCAGAAGGAUUAUCAUUACUACCGUUUCCAAGUUUUUUCCCUCUGGCUGCAACGUAUCCUGGAGUGUCUGCCUGAGAUCUGGAAAGUCAAGGAGAGCCGCAUGCUGGCUGAGAACUCUGAACUGCUCCACAGACUGAGCCAGUUCAUCUGGAACAAUGCAGAAAGCCCAGUGGAAGGGGCGUCAGAGUUCAUACAUAGCUCCUUUCAACAUCUCCUGGAGAUCUACUGCCUGGAGUGCCAUCACUUCGAGGACCUGGAGAGACCCCUCUAUGAACAGUUCCUGCAGAGAAUUAUGGCAAUGCCCUGGCAGGUCAAAGCCAGAUAUUUCCCCUUGUGUGCCAUUCUCCCCUACGUGGGCACAGAGAAAGUUCUGGAUACCUACAAGGAUCUUCCCCAGCACCUUCUGAACUGCCUUGCCACUAACCACCUGUGCCCAGCUGCAUCAGACGUGUAUAAAACCAUUUUGCAACAGCAGCGCAAGCACUGGAUGAAGGGAGAGGAACAUGCCACGGAGGAGCAGCUGGCUCAGAAGUGGGCACUGCCCUGGCUGCCCACCCUGGCCAGUGCUUUGACCUCGCCCAUCUCCUUCCUUCAGAGCAACGCUUCCAACUACCUUCUCGUCUGGACUUUGCGGCUCUUCCCCGCCUCUUACGCUUUGCUUGCUGAGAGCUGCAGUGGUGGGGACUCUGCCCACCUUCGGGCGUGGGUCGCCCUGCUGAGCGGCCGCAAGAUCAUCACCGGGGCCUUGCCCCUCGAUGGGGAGACGUUGGAAAGGCUCUGCUGGUGCUUGCACUCCAGGGAGGAGAGCAUUCGCCUGGCAGCACUGGGUCUCCUAUGUUGCAGCCCCAGGACCAACCAGGCCUUGUCAGAGGUGGAGGUGCGUCUACUGAAGGAGUUCUUGCCACUGAACCUGAACUGCGACUCGUCCUCUUUCCGGCAGCUGCUUCAGGCUGCCGUGAAGAAGGCUCUGGUCAGGCUGAGGGACAGCGCGCUCUCUCAGCUGCGCAGCAAGAUGCCGAGCAAAGCUACCGAGCACUCCGCCAGCGCGGCUCCAGAAGGAGCACUUGCACAAGCAGUAGAUUUUGUGGAGUGGCUGCUGCAGUUAAGCAUUUCCUUUCUGACCCCAGGGUCAAAUUACCAGAGGAAGAAGACUGCCCUGCUGCUCCUGGCAGCGGUGCUGGAGACCUGCACCGACACCUGGAGCCCUGCCAGGAAGAAGGGACAGCCUCCACAGAACAUGGCAGCAUUGUUGAGCUGGGCCAGGCGGAAGGGCUGCUGGGACUUUUUCUCUAGAAGCAACUUGUUGGCACUGCUGAGCUGCUUGCAGGACAGUACGAAUGAGGUCCGAGAGCUGGCCUCAGAGCUGCUCAUCCGCUACUUCCCGCCGGCUUUCCCAGAACCCAUUGCUGUGGCUCUGUUUGAGCGUGCCCAGGAGGCCGUGAGCAGCCCCCGAGUGCAGGAGGCAGAAGCAGGAGCAGUGUUGAUGAAAACCAUCCUCCAGAAGUCAGACAGCAGCACCUUGAAGAGACUAUUCCCAGAGGGAAAAGCAGCGCCAGCUCUGCAGCACCGAGGCCUGUGCUUUGCUCGGUAUCUUCUCAGCAUGUUGCAAGCUCACUACGCCAUGGCUUGUCAAGACCUGCUGCAGGCAGCGAGCACUAACCCCAUGCAUGGAGUGAUGGCGGCGCUGCGGAGGUGCCUGCUGGAGGUACCGGAGGGGGCAGUCUCCAUGCUGAAGGGAGAGCACGUGAAGAGCUGGCAGGAGCUCCUCAGCCGUUUGGUGGCCUUGCUGGGAGACAUCAGCACCUUCCUCCUGGGGGUGCUCCAGAGCAGGCAGGGGCCCAACGCCAACCAGGCAGCUGCCGCUCCUUCAUUUGCAGACAUGAUAAAUGCUAUUGGCUCCCUUAUCAUGCUGGGGAAAGGCCUGGAGCAGCAGGAUGGGGAGGACUCCAUCCUGCUGUCCGAGGAGCACAACCUAAUCCUGACCUGCUGCUGGGUCUCAGUGAAGGAAAUAGGGCUGCUCUUGGGAGGCCUAGUGGAGAAGAUUCUCCCCCUGGCACCCUCAACGGGGCCUGAGCCGCUCCUGCCACUCACCGUGUUCAAAAUGGCGGCUAGAGUGUUUCAGGAAGUGCUGCUGAAGUGUCGGCACUGGGGAGCAGUUGAAGGCUGCAGCAUGGGAUUCACCAAAUUCUGCACUGCUUUGCUGAACCAUCCUCACGCAGAACUGCAAGCAGUGCCAAGAACGAUGCUGGCACAGGGUUUGGAAUUGUUAAGUGGCCCCAGGAGCAGCUCCAUUACCCGCAGGGCAGCCGGCUUCCCCAUGCUCUUCCUGUGUAUCGUCGGUGGGGAGGAUCCCUCCAAGGGGCGCCCUCUGCUAGCAUAUUGCAUCCAGACUUUACUGGCCUUGGCCAACACGCCUCUCCCGCAGAACUGGGACCAGACACUGGACCUCCCUCAGGUCUCUGCCUUGCAUGUGUUGCAGACACUGGUGCGUGGCUCCGGCCUGGGAACGGCGCUGCUCCAGUAUGUCCCGCCUAUGAUGGCUCUGCUUCUGAAGGCACUAGGCUCGUCUAGCUGGGCCAUGAGAAACGCAGCCAUCCAGCUCUUCAGCGCUCUCACAGCUCGGGUGCUGGGUCCGAAGCGGAGCCGGGAAGAUAGCUGCGCUCAGGACGGGGUGAGCCCUCAGGCGUUCUUCAGCCGCUACCCGCAGCUGAGGGAGAUCCUGCUGGGAGAGCUGCACUCAGCUCUGGAGACGGCAGGAGAGCCGGAGGGAGGGAGGUUUCACCUCUGCCCCUCGCUCCACGCCAUCCUCACGCUCUUGGCAAAACUCCAACCCGGGGCGGAUGGACUGAGCAGCAUCUCCACUUGCUUCCUGGAGCCCUUGCUUCAGCUUGCAGGAAACCCCAUCUAUGCUGUGCGAGUCAUGGCAGCCAAGGCCCUGGUCCCGGUUGUCCCUACGGCUGAAUACGGGAAGCUCCUGCUGCGACUGGCUGGGGACUUAGCUAAGCAAGGCAGUGUCCUAUCCCACAACACGCUGCAUGGGCGUCUGCUGCAGAUACGGGCUCUGCUGGCUUACGCUGCAGACACCAACUGUUUGUCAGCAGAUGCCAUGCUGUCUGUGGCUCAUCAGCUGGAAGGCCAGUUCUGGUUGGUCACCCCCGCACAGCAGUGCCCUCUGAUUCGCUCAGCCUACCUCCAAGUCAUCUCCCUGUUGGUGGGGAGCUGCACCCAGGGUUUUGCAAAGCGUCUUCGAGAGGUUGUGAGCAGUGAACUGGACAGCUUCAGGCCAGGGCAGAAGGCAAGAUCUUCCAAGCUCCAGGUGGGCUCCGCUGUGUUCCAUCAAGUUAUCACCCACUUCCUCUGCAAGGAGGCAGCAAGCCUGGCUGGGGCUGAGAGAGUUGGUGCAGUUUGCUUGCUCCUCCAAGGGGCAGAUGUUGAUAUACAAUCAGCCAUCCUGACAUGGGUGAUUGAAGGGGAGGAGGAAAGAAGCAAGGACUUAGAGAAGAGUCUCCAGCUGACGUUACUGGAGAACCUGAAGUCGGUGGUACAAGGUCGGAGGGACAAAGAGUUCCUGAAGUUGUACCUGGAGGCUCUGGUGCAUCUGUGCCGCAGUCCUUCAUCCCAGACCCAGGAUGUUUUCCAUAAACUCUUGGGUCCUGCUGCAGCGUGUGUGGAUGUCCUGCUGUUUAUGGUGGAAACGGAGUCUCCUGGCCCAGACCUCCUCUUCCAGGCACUGUCUGUGAUUAGCUUGCUCUUUGUCCUGGGUUCCAAGCUUCGGGAUUAUCCCCUGCUUGAGCGAUGGUGCAUGAUGCUGGAAAGAUGCAGCAGAUCCAUUUCUUCGGAGGUGCUGAGACUGGCAGCAGCAAGGUCUCUCAAGCUGGCAGGAGCUGACGUGGUUCAGAGUGCCCUGGAAGCCUCCUGCCCAUCCCUGCUGUUGGUUGCUGUGCGUGUGAUGGACAUGGGCAUUUACCUGCUACAAGAUGAGGAUCAGGAAGUACGACGUGAAGCCUCUGUCUUCGCCAGCCUUGUUCAGCACAUGUCGGGAGCGCAGCCUCAAGAUAGUUGUGUCUUCAUCCAGGGUAACAGAGGGCUGGUGUGCCUGCUGCAUGUCCUGCUGGAAAAGUUCUGGGGCUGCCAAGACACCUUUGAGUUUCUGCUACGGCACCUCCCCACGCUGGAUCUCAGCAACAUCUUGACAGAACUGGAGGCCAACAAAGCGGUCAGCCUGUAUAAAGAGGACGAACCCAAUGUUUUUGCAGAGCCAGCUGUCUUAUCCCGACUGCUGCUCCCCUUCCUCCUUCAGCUGCUAGACAGGGUGCCCGCCGCCACUCGGCUUUGUGACUUCACUCAACGCUGGCUGAAAGCCACCGGACCCAGCAUCUUACACAACCUACAGCACUGCAAGCACUGGUGGGGCCGAGAUGCCAUUACACCUUUGCAUAUGAAAGCUCUGGGGUGUGCAAAGGUGCAUGCUGCUGUCACAGCGCUACUGGUGAAGGCUACACUUCUGGCCCAUGCUCUGGAUGGUCUGGAAAGGAGCCACAUCAGUGCUUCAGAGAUCCACUGCACUUCCCAGGAGCUGAGAAGUGAACUUGUGCUGGUACAGGAACUGCUGGCCCAGCAUGGAAUGGCCCCCUCCUUCAGUUUAGACUAUGGGAUCACAGAUAUAAGGUGCUCAGUAAGACCUGUCUGAUCAUCCUGGGUGGCAGAACUGUGUUGUAGUGAGUUACCACGAGCCAUUAGCCAAGGGACAGAGUGUGCUCUCUUUACACUGUGCUUUAGAUUUCUGUUCUGAGACACUGCUGGAUCUCUGUGCUCACCUUCCUGAUUUCUCCUCUGCCAGGAGCCAUCCAGAACUGGUAGGUUAUUGAUGGAACUCAGGUGCUCCCCAUUUGCCAGCCAGGAAAGGGAAGUGGUACAGUGUCCUACUACCCGGGAUCCAGGCCCCUCUCCCCCUCAGGUUAUCCUGGUUCCUCAGACUUAUUUUAUCAACCACACGUUCUCUGGAUCAAGCCAGGAGGUGACAGCUUCCAGUUCUUCAUUCAGAGGGCAGCUUUACAAAUUAGAUCACUACCAACAUAUAAUACCAGUGAUGGUCUUAGCCCAUGAUUCUGCUCCUCUCUACCCGAAAGGCAUGGGCUCCUUGGUAUGCCCGAUACUCUCAGGUCAAGACAGCCUUCCCUGUAAUGAGGAGGGUUGGAAGCUCUGCUCCCGGAAGGACCAGAGAGAACACGUCUCAAAGGACAGAGGUCACAUCUCAAUCUCUGAUCCCCCUGCUCGCCUGAUCUUAUUUCACUGUUUUUUAUCCACGUUUGUGGCUCCUGUUAUAAGGAGCCAAUAAACAUGCUUUUGGCUGAA